AUGGACAAGAGUGGCUAUGGUUUUGAUGCAGGAUCAUGCAAGUUCAAUAUUCACUAUUCAGAUAAAUCACCUUCCAAGCUUGGGCCUGGAAAAUACAACUAUCUUACACGACCUAUUAAUUUUUUCCAUCUUAUGGAAGAGCUAUUUGGAGAAUCUACCAAAGCUAAUGAAUCCUUGGCUGUUGACCAGUGCAUUGUGGAUGCUGAAGAUGAUAAUAAUAGAUCAAGGAGUGAUGAAGUAUAUACUCUUGAACAUGCUGAGAAUGAUUCCGACACUAUUGCUCCUAGAUGCCCACCGCUUGUAGGCUCUAGUUUCAGCAUUAAACGAAAGAAUAAGAAGUCGCUUUGGAAGAAGCAUGUAAAGGAUAAAGCAAAACGUGCUAGAGCAACAGGGGAUGAUGAAAUAGCUGCAAGUAUUGCCAUGCUUGCCAAAUCCAUUGCAUCAAGUUGCCCUGCAACUACAGAUCCGUGUGCUGAUCUUUGGAAGCGUAUUGAGGAUAUACCUUUCCCACCGAGGGACAAGGUUGACAUUGCGACCUACCUUUCAAAGCCGGAGCAGUCAUUUGGAUCUUGGGUCCCUGAUUACCUAGGUGCCAAGUAUCGUGUUACUGGUGUGGAUGAUGCUACUCAAGUGCAUUUACAAGUGUACAUGGAGAGAGACCAUCAUCAGAAUAUGCAAAGAUCAGAAAGAAGUCACUGGAAACCCAGUUUGGAAGAAUCUUGGGGUCAAGUUCACAUGAGGAUUUUUGCUGACCGUGGCUUUGGUCCAUUCCUUGCUCUGUACAGGGCUGCUACCAUCUCUUUUCAUGUUGUAAAACUCACUAUUUGGCAUUUGUGGCUCAAUGACAUGCAUAAAAGAGCAGAAAAGUUUCGAGAGACCUUGAUACGCUUGGGUCCUUUUUACAUCAAGCUUGGCCAGGCAUUGAGCACACGGCCUGAUAUACUUUCUAGUGCGUAUUGUCAGGAGCUUGCAAAGCCUGAUCAAAUACCACCAUUUCCAACUCGCAUUGCACUCAGGACCAUAGAGUCUCAGUUGGGCUCUCGAAUUUCUGAUUUGUUUGCUGAUAUCAGCCCAGAGCCGAUUGCAGCAGCAUCACUGGGGCAAGUUUACAAAGCUCAUCUACGUUCUGGAGAGCUUGUUGCAGUCAAAGUUCAAAGGCCUGGAAUGGCGCCCUUGCUGACUCUAGAUGCACUUUUGUUCCACAUGAUUGGAGGACAAAUGAAACGAUUUGCUAAGGCUCGCAAAGACCUAUUGGUGGCAGUUAAUGAGAUUGUCAGGCACAUGUUUGAUGAGAUUGAUUAUAAUUUAGAAGGACAAAAUGCUGAAAGGUUUGCUACUCUUUAUUCUCAUGGUUCUGGUGGGAUCAAUUCUGAAGGUAGUACAAGCAUCAAGGUCCCAAAAGUUUACUGGAAUUAUACAUGUAAAACCAUACUGACACUGGAAUGGAUUGAUGGAAUUAAGCUAACUGAUGCUGAGCGCAUCAGCAAAGCCAAUUUGAACAGGAAAAGAAUGAUAGAUGAGGGUCUCUAUUGCUCAUUGCGACAGCUGCUUGAAGAAGGAUUUUUCCAUGCAGACCCCCAUCCUGGUAAUUUAGUUGCAACUGAAGGUGGAUCUCUAGCAUAUUUUGACUUUGGUAUGAUGGGAGAUAUUCCGAGGCACUAUCGUGUGGGGCUUAUACAAAUGAUUUACUUGCAGUUGCAGAUCGUUGCUAUGUUUUCCUUUGGUGAUGUCAGGAGGCAGUCAAAUGAUUUCCAGGGUGUAAUGAACCAUUUAUAUGAUUUGAUGUAUGAAUUUAAUUUCUCCCUCCCCCCUGAUUAUGCGCUGGUGAUAAGAGCACUUGGUUCUCUAGAAGGGACUGCAAAAGCACUGGAUCCUGAGUUUAAAGUUAUUGAGAGUGCAUAUCCUUUUGUGAUUGGGAGGCUCCUUGCAGACCCCAGUCCCGAUAUGAGGAAAAUAUUAAGGGAGCUUCUUAUACGUGAUGAUGGAUCCAUCAGAUGGAAUCGACUGGAAAGGCUGAUUGCAGCUAUAUCUGAACAGUCAUCAGAAUCUUCAAGCGCAGCGGGAGCUGACUCUAGUGAGCAUGCCAAUGGAAGUCCUGAGUGGAGAUCAUUUGAUAUGCAUUCUGUGAUUGCAGCUACAGAAGACCUAUUUGAUUUCAUUUUAUCGAGGAAAGGAUGGCGGGUUCGGGUUUUCCUUGUCCAGGAUAUUGUUAAAGCUUCAGACGUGUUUCUUCAAGAAGCAACAUUCCCGUAUAUAUUUGACAAGGUGGGAACGAUAGGGGACAUAAAUCCAGAGAGAAGUAAGAUGAUCAGGAGGCUGGUGAAUACAGUACAAUCGUUCCGGCAAGCUAUCAGUUUGGCUCCAGAUGCUUGGAGUGCCAUGCUAAUCCGUACUUUGUUGAAGCAUGAAUCACAAAAAUUUGUUCUUGAUGUGUUUUUUACCCUGGCUAGCCAUUCCAGUUACAAGAUUCCAGAAACAUUCUGGCUCUGUAUGUCAAGAUUUCUAAAUUACUUGGACAAACAAGAUACGCCUUAG